CAUAAACAAAGCGCGACGAACCGUGAUUCUUCGUUUUUCGGAAUUUUCAUCAAGAAUUCGUCUACAGCUUUAAUUCCGCUCCCUCACGCACUUGCAAAAUGGACUCGGAUUGCUCAAACGACUGGCGUAAUGCCCACCACAGCACUGGUACCACGAUCAUGGCUGUGGAGUUCGAUGGAGGCGUUGUGAUUGGAGCUGACUCGCGUACCAGUACGGGCACUUAUGUGGCGAACCGUGUCACCGAUAAGCUGACCAAGCUGACGGACAAAAUCUACUGCUGCCGUUCCGGAUCGGCCGCCGAUACUCAGGCAAUCGCUGACAUCGUUGCCUACUCGCUCGACUACCAUGAGAAUCAAACGGGAGAGGAACCGUUGGUGGAGGACGCCGCGAACGAGUUCCGGAAGUAUUGUUACGAGUAUCGCAGUUCGCUCGUAGCGGGUAUUAUCGUGGCCGGCUGGGACCGGAAGCACGGCGGCCAGGUGUAUUCCAUUCCCCUAGGAGGCAUGCAAAUCCGCCAGAGCGUCACGAUUGGUGGUUCCGGCAGUUCGUACAUUUACGGCUUCGUGAAGGAGAAUUAUCGCGAAGGUAUGGCCCGCGACGAGUGUGUCGAGUUCGUGAAGAAGGCGGUGUUCCAUGCGAUGUACCACGAUGGUAGCUCCGGAGGCGUCUGCCGUAUUGGAAUCAUCACGAAGGAUGGUGUCGAGCGGCAGGUGUUCUUCGCACCUCGGGACUACGAGAAUGUUCCACCACGUGCCGCUGUCGGACCGAGUGUCUCGGUUCAGGCUUAAUAGGUGUCGCAGAAUCCAUUCUUUUAAUUUUGCUUCGUAAUAUUCGGGAGUCUUUUCUGGUUCGAAAUACAAACAUAAAUCCUAUAAAACCUCUU